UUAAAAUCGCCAUAGAGUUGCUACAGAUGUGAAUGAUUUAAUUUAAUAAACUUUAAUUUAUAACAAAAACUAGGUAGGAUAUCCAAAAUGGGGACCUAUGGACAAUGUGAAGUUUUCUUUUGCGAUGUACUGGAUUAAUUUGCAAAUAAUUGUCGUUCUAAACAGUUGAUAAUUUAGUGACAACUUAAAAAGUUUAUAUGAAGAACUUUAGAAAGUGUCCAAAACAAAAAAAUACUAAAGUAUUUGAUUCAUGAUAACAGAAGAAUUCUAAUCAAAUUGUGCAACAAUGUUGGAAAACGAUGAUUUUGACGACGAUUUCUUUACGCCCGUAGCGAGCACUACAUUGGCUGACAUCUUUGGUCAUAAAGAGCCUAAUUUUGGAAACUCAGAAGACAAAACAUUAAAAUAUACACCACCUAAACCACAAAUUUCUCCAAAACCUGUUGAUACUAAACAAACACAGUGUGUAUAUGCUUGUGCACUAACUGCAUAUGAAUGGACUCAAAAUGCAUAUGUAUUAAAAGGGAAAGUUGGCUUUGCCAUAAUAAAGCAAACAAUUGGAGAAAUUCACAACAUAGUGCUUUAUGAUUCUAACAAAACUACAUUAUCAAGUACAAUAGUUUCAACAAAAUUGCAAAUAGUAGUAAAUAACAAUCAUUUGGCUUUCUAUGAUAGUCUUCAGAAAUACUGGUGCUUAUAUGCUACAGAUAAUGAAGUAAAAAUCAUUACAGAGAUCCUUAAAAAAUUUGAUAUUGUAUUAAGAUAUGGUGAUAAAACUACACCACCUGAUCUGGAAGAUGAAACACCUGCAACAAACAUAAUUGAAAGUACAAUUAAACAAAGUAAAUCUCAAGCAAACAGUGAUACAGACUCUUCUAUGAAUAGAAAAACUAAAAUAUCAAUAUUAAACAGAAUGGCUAGCAUGGGUCAGUCUGUAUUACCAGCCCAUUGUCGAAUAGCAGACAGGGGAAAUGACUCCUCAGACACUGAAGACAGUAAAGAGCCACCGAAAUUAGUUAGACAUAAACCACCAAAAAAUGCUAUGAAAAAAACUUUCCCUGAUAAAAGUAUUGAUAUUUUACAGCCACAAAACAUUGACAGACACAACUCAUUUAUAACAAAGAUGCAAAAGCCUCUGGAUAACUCUGCUUUAUAUACAUUUGUGAAUGAUAUAUUAGUACCGGUAACAAGUACAAGCAUUAUUACUAAUACAGAGCCAAAAGAUGACAAAAAUUUAGAUUUGUUUUUGACCGAACAAAGAGUAAACAAUGGUGAAAUAAGAAUUAACAUAAACAGAUUAAAUGACAAGGUUGAUAGUGUUUUAAAUAAAAUGUCAGAUUUACAUCAUCAACAAAAAAGCACUUGUACAAGUACCGAAGUAGAACUGUUACACAAAUUGCUCAAGGAAUAUGAAAGUAAAAUAAAAAUAUAUGAAGAUUUACUCAGAUGUAAAAGUCACGAUAUCCCCACUCAAAACAUUACAAGAAACCGUGAUGUACAAAAAGGGGAAAGCUAUCAACAUGAAGUUGAGUUAUUACAGAAUAAAGUAGCUGUACAAGAAGAUGCAUUAAAAUUAAGAGACAAUGAAAUUUUUAAACUUAAGGAAAAUUUAGCAGAACUAGAAAAACAAUUAUCUGUUGGUCAAUUUGAAUUACAAAAUAAAAUUAACUCAUUAGAAAAAACAUUAUCAGUGAAACAAGAGGAAUUAACUAGUACCACUAAAAUAUUAGACAACCUAUCAUUAAAUAAUACUGACACAGGGGUUACAGACAAAGUCAAACAAAUAAUGAAUGAAACAUAUCAAACAGUUAUAGAAAACUUUAAUGAUGAUGAUAUGUACUCUGGUAAUGAUGUCAAAAAAGUUAUUGGUAAAGUCAUAAGAAAAAUCACUGUGAACGCUUUAAAGAAAUAAGUAAAAAUGAACAUAGAGUAUUUAGAAAUAUCUAAUUUCUAGUCCAACAAUGGUUUAUAAAUGGUUAUAAAUAAUGAUUAUUCUAUAAAAUAAUAUAUAAGGUUUAGCUCUAAAUAAGCUUAUUAAUAGUAUAAUCUUUAUUUUAUGUGCAGUAAGUGCUGCUGCUACUACUACAAUUCCUUAAAUGAUAGUACAUACUAUAAAAUCUAAAUGCAAAUUAGACAUUACAGAUUAUCAUACAGAUUA